GUCCAUAACUUCCGUGUGAUUUUAGUACAUUCGCUGUCAAUGUAGCAUAGAUGUAACUCCAUAGUGAGAGUUAUCUUAAUUUUAAUUGUAAUCUUAAUAAUUGUUUACAAAAUACAUAAUUCUUCUGGUAUAUAAAGGAAAAAGAAGGGGGGAAAAUGUGGAAAUGCGUAUUUCGUGGAAUCCGAGAAACGUUGGAACGACGUGUUUGUCGUACCAACGUUUAUUCACAGUCAUCGCAGGAUAACGCAAAAAAUGAAGUCAAAACAAACUUGACAUGCCAACAGAAAUUUCUUCCACCGGUUUUUAUCACUUGUGAUAAGGGCUUUUGUGGAUCGGCAAAAAGUACCGGUACUAAAGACAAGAGACAUGAUUGGAAUACCAAGCACACUUGGCCAGAGGCUGUCGGCUGGUCUAGUGUAUUGGCGGCUGGAUGGAUUGUGUGCCAAACACUUUGUCUUCGUAAAAGAGUUUUCGAUAGAGACAAUGAAAGCUUAAAAAACAAAUUACAUGAUUAUUCUGGAAUUUCAUCCUUACUUACGCAUAUAGCAAAUUUACAUCCAAGAAAAAUCCUGCCGGUUACCAACUGUAUUGGUACUAGCAAGAAAAGCUUUAAAACACGGGAUUUAAACUCGCAACAAACUGCAGAGAAACAAUUUGGUCCUAUCACCAUCGAAGAGGUGAGGAUGUUAUUUUGCAGACAUUAUACUCUGUAAUGUACAUUAGUAAAAAUUAAAGUAAAAGUUAUAUUCUGUGUUUCUUCUAAAUAAGUUCUUCAAAAGCAGCACAUGAAGAACCAUAGAUAAAAAAAUUU